GCGCCGCUGAGUCCCGCCUCCUACGGCAAGUCGGAGGUGGCAAGAUGGCCGCCGCUGAGGGAGAUAGUGGUGUCGGGGCUGAAGCGGACCGGGAAUUGGAAGAGCUUCUGGAAAGUGCUCUUGAUGAUUUCGAUAAGGCCAAACCCUCCUCAGCACCCCCUCCUACCACCACGGCUCCUGAUGCAUCAGGGCCCCAGAAGAGAUCACCAGGAGACACUGCCAAAGAUGCCCUCUUCGCCUCCCAAGAGAAGUUUUUUCAGGAACUAUUCGACAGUGAGCUGGCUUCCCAAGCCACUGCAGAGUUUGAGAAGGCAAUGAAGGAGCUGGCUGAGGAAGAGCCCCACUUGGUGGAGCAGUUCCAAAAGCUCUCUGAGGCUGCUGGGAGAGUGGGCAGUGAUGCGACUUCCCAACAAGAAUUCACUUCUUGCCUGAAGGAGACAUUAAGUGGACUAGCCAAGAAUGCCACUGACCUUCAGAACUCUGGCAUGUCAGAAGAGGAGCUGACCAAGGCCAUGGAAGGGCUAGGCAUGGACGAAGGGGAUGGGGAAGGGAACAUCCUCCCCAUCAUGCAGAGUAUCAUGCAGAACCUGCUGUCCAAGGAUGUGCUGUACCCGUCACUGAAGGAGAUCAUGGAGAAGUAUCCAGAAUGGUUGCAGGCUCACCAAGAAUCUCUACCUCCUGAGCAGUUUGAAAAAUACCAGGAACAACACAUUGUUAUGGGCAAGAUAUGUGAGCAGUUUGAGGCAGAGACUGCCACAGACAGUGAGGCCACUCAGAAGGCUCGUUUUGAGGUGGUGCUGGAUCUUAUGCAGCAGCUACAGGAUUUGGGCCACCCUCCAAAAGAGCUGGCUGGGGAGAUGCUCCCUCCAAACACUGCAUGAGGACAGAGAGGAGGAGCGAAGAACAAAAGGGCCCCGCCUCUGAACCGUGUGCUGUUGGUCCUGCUGCCACUUUUCUUUUACACAUUCUCACUCUGCUUGGAGAAUCUAAACAGAUGCCGCUUUAGUUUUGUUCCCAAGGCAUUCAUUUUCAUUUUGAUUUUGAUUGAACAUGAUCAAAUUGAUCUCAGGUUACUCUCUGACCCAAAAAUACUAUUUGAAUUAUUCUAGGACUCGUGGAAAGAUAGAAUAGUCCUUCUCAAACUGUCUGUGGUAAAGGGUCAGGUUUUCUGUUUCAUAAGUAUCCAGUCCUUUAUAUACUAGAACGCGUUCUGUGUGCAGUUCACACGUUGGGCUACCCACUACACAAGUCUGACAGCACCGAAGCGGCCAGACCCCUUUUGCAGGAUAAGGCCACUGGUUAUGCAUUUGGAUAUCACAGCAAUGUCAAAAUGCUAAAAUGUGUCUGAAAACUCUCAGUUUCUAACUUACCUUGUCGCAGACUGGUAAAAAAAAAACUGUUCACAGACCAGUACAAGUAUUACAGCCACCUGAGUAGGGCCGCUCUGGGGCUCUCCUCAGUCUCGCCACAGCUGCGUCAGCCAGACCGGAUACAUUUCUAUAUGUGUUUUUCCACGUGAGGUUUGCUUCUGGUGAACUUUUUCUUCAGCAAGAAUGUAUCACUAUAAGGACAUUCUCUACUAUUUUUCUAGCCUUCCUUUUCUGUUACUUAAAAAUAACUAUGACAAAGCUUACAUUUAAGCUGUAUGUGAAGUGUUAUGCUGCUCUGAAACUUUAAAGGAGGUGCCCCUUUAUUCCAAAAUUCUGUAUGUUAAAAAACAAGUUUGUGGUUGUUCGAAUGCUUUCAUGAAUUAAGAAUCAAGUUACACAGAAUUUGUGAUAAUGGGGUCAUUUUCCUGUGAUUCCAGAAUGUUCUGGCAAGGGCCCCAUAAGGGGCUUGUAAUACGCUGUUUAGAUGGCUUUUGGGGAGCUUAGGAAAAACGAUGGCCCACAGUAAAUGGGAGUUGAGAUGACAGGCUAUAUGAGGAAUGAUGAGAAGGCUUAGAGGAUGUGGGCAUGCAAGAAUGAAUGCAUAUUACACUGCAAAACCACCCAGUUGACUAUGUUUCUUAGGAAGGCCUUGGGAAAAAUUUUUUUUUGUAAAGGAAAGGCACUAAUGAAGGGGUCACAGCAUCUUGGAGAAGUUUAGAAGUAGCUGUCUCUGUGGGUGGAGACUGAUGCAAGGGGAUAUUUAAGAACUGUUUCCCUUGGAAAUAGUGGGGAUGAUAGGAUCCUGGCAUAGCAGAAGCCAAAUGGCAACACUGAACUCUCAGAAGCAGGGUGGGUGAAUUUCUAUAAGGGCAGGAUGGUCCAAGUGGAGAUGGCUUACGGAAUAUGGGUGGUCCUAGGAACCAUAUAGAUGGACAGCCAAGGAGGGUAUUGAUUUACAUGUAAUUAAGAACGAUCAGGGAUGGUUGAACAGAAGGAUGAGAUCAGUAACUUCAGUGAAAAGUCACAAUUUCUUGCCCAGUUUCUAGGCCUGAGACAGUUCUCUGAUCAACCUAUCAAUUGAAAGCACCAUUUACUUAGUUAACCAUACACUAGGGAAAGAAAACUACCCAGGGUUUUUUUGAGUUGGAAUACAGGGUCUGAGGUGACACGGAUACCCAGGGACCCAAAGCACCACCACAGCACCUCUCCUCCCUGGACCCCCCCACCCCCGUUACAGUGGGGAAAUAGGGGAUCAGAUAAUAAAGAAGUGCUUACCCAAGUCUGUCUUACAGUGAGUCCAAAAACCCACUUUAUGGCCAUUUUUAUAGUUUCUAAAUGUAUAAUCAGAAUGGACAUAUUUGGCAUAUUUCUGUCCAUAGUUGGACAGAAAGGCAAGUAGAAGCCCCUGGGGGAAAUGGCAGCACUUAAUUACACUCUUAAGAACUUAAAAGGAUGCAGGGGUGUUGAUCCCCAUCUUAACCUCAUUUAGUUUCACCUGUCUGGCCUUUGUAAAAACUGGAAGGACUCUGGUGGAUUACAGUGGACUGCUGCAAACUUAAGCAAGUAGUAGUCCCAAUUGUCCUAUGUUGGAUGUAUUUUUUUUACUGGAGGGAGUACACAGCCUUUAGUAUAGGUAUGUGGCUAUCGAUAUAUACUGUCUGGCCUUUUUUACAGAAAGUUUGCUGAUCCCUGACCUAGUGAGUAUGUUCUUUAAAUACCAAUCAGGAAGAAGUAUCCGAAGCAGUUUGCAGUUGCAAGUAAUGGGCAACAGUAUAUGUUCACAGUCUUGAUCUAGAAAUAUGUUAAUUCUCCCCAUCUCUGUCACAGUAUAGUCCAAAAGGACCUGGAUAUUCUGUAAAAUAUCACAUUUGUUUGCUUUCUUAAGUGUAUGCUGCUGAGGUAUUAAGGAUAUGCUAAUGAGAUCUGUAUCUGAUCUGUACAAGCAGUAUCAAGUAUUCUGUAUUCCCUGGUGAGACACAUAAUACUCCAGAGGGUGGGAGAUAAAUUCUUCAAAAGAUACAGGGCCCUGCCACAUUGGUUAAGUUUUUAGGAUCUGGAGCAUUCUGGGACAUCCUGUCUAAAGUAGAGAUAAGUUAUUGAAUCUUGCAUCUUUUACUCCAAGAAAGAAGCACAAUGCGUUGGUAGGCCUCUUCCAAUUUUGGAGGCAGCAUAUUCUGAACUUGGGAAAGCAAGAAAGGCCUCUCUGGCAGGUCCAGGCUAUGGUACUGCUUGGGCCAUAUGCCCUGGAAAAUUCCAUGGUACUAGCGGUAUCUGGUAGGAAAAGAUGUGUGUGGAUUCUCUGGCAAUCCACAGUAGAGGAGUUUCAGCACAGACCUCUAGGGUUCUGGAGUAAGGUGAUGUUACCUGCAGUAGAGAAAGUUUCUCCAUUUCAAAGCAUCUCCUGGCAUAUUAUUAGGUCCUGAUAGAGAUUCAGUGUCUGACCACAAAAUACCAAGCAAACAAGUGACUGUUGCUGAGUAGCCCAUACAACCAGCCUGUUAUUGUCAGGCCUGCCAAGUCCCAACAUUGGAUGGAUACAAUAGCAAUAUAUAUUACAAUGGAAAUCGUUCAUUUUGGAAGAAGCCCAAAUAAACUUGGUGGGCACAGGUAAGUAAAAUUGAGCAAAGGGCCCUGGACCGCCACAUUACCAACAUCUGUUGCACUAAUACUUUUCUCUUAGCUCGUACCCAUGGCAACCAUUUGAGGGAGGAAAAAAAUUCAGGUCUAGUUUGUGGAUGGGUUAGGCAAGCCAAAUAUGGACUGCAGCUUCUCAACAACCUUUUCCAAAGUGGUCCUGAAAGACAGUGAUGAGGGGAAAUUCUCUCAAUGAGCAGGGCUUCAGGCAAUUUACCUGACCAUCCACUUUGGAGAGAGAAGUGGCCUGAAGCAAGGAUAUACAUGAACUCACAGUCAGUGGCUGGUCGUUGGGGGCCCAGAAGGAACAAGGUAGGAAAAUGGGGGGAACUAGGUCUGGUGCAGAGCCUUUGGGUGGAUCUAUGAGUGGGACUUGAAAGCAUUCACCAGAAGAGUGCUAAAUAAUAUCCACAUGGAGAGGAUAAUUUAGUUGGGACGAUCUCAGCUAUCCCAGUUCUUGUACAGUGUGUUUAUAAAUAGAUUCACCGUAGUGGCAGAGAUGGAGGCUGUUUUAUUGGCCUGUUAAUAUGGACUCCUCUCUCACCCAAGGCUGACCUAGCUACUGCUAUGUCCAAUGUCCAUCUUGUCAGCAUCAAAGAGCAGUGCUGAUCCCCUAGUUCAGUACCAUUGUUCAAGGAGAACAGCCAGCCAUUUGGUGGCAAAUUGAUUACAUUGAACCUUUUCCAUUUUGGAAAAGGAAAACAAUUUAUUCUGAUCAGGGCUGAUAAAUAUUUUGCUUGGCCUAUCCUGUCUAAAGUGCCUGAGCCAGUACUACCAUCCAAGGACUCAGAGAUUUGAUCUACUGGCAUGGGGUCCUACACAAUAAUGCCUUGGAACAAAGGACCCACUUAAUGGCAAAGCAGGUAUAGCAAUGCGCACAUGACAGUGAGAUCCACUGUUCUUACCAAAUACCUUUUCAUCCAGAAUCUUCUGACCUGUUAGAGCGGUAGGAUGGCCUUUUGAAGUUCAUUUGUGAUACCAGCAAGGAUGGAGUGCUGUCCUUCAUGAUACAGUAUCAAUCUCCAUGACUUUAAUAGGUGAUUUAUCCCCAGUAGGUAGAAUUCAUGGGCUCUGGAGCCCAGAGAUAGAAAUAAGAGUGACCCUAUUCAACAUCACUUCCAGUGAUCCACUUAAGGAAUUUGUGCGUCCCAUCCUUCAACUUUAAAUUAUGUAGGUCUAGAGGCCUUGUUUCCCAGAGUGGAGAUGCUUCUACCAGGCACAGCAAAAAUCUCAAUAAACUUAAAGAUAUGGCUGUCAUCUGGUCACUUUGGGUUCCUAAUGCUGAUAAACUAUCAGGCAAAAGAAGUUACCAUAGUGUCUGGUAUAGUAAACUGUUUGUUAUGAGGAGGUAGGAUUACUACUACAUUAUGAGCAAAGAGUAAAGUGUUUGAUGCACAUACGAUCCCUGGGUUAUCUCUUGGUCCUCCUAUACUCACUUUUAAUUGUGAAUAAGUAAACAGGUGCAGCCUGAUAGGGCAUGAUCUCCAGGGGCUCAGAACCUUCAGAGAUGAAGGCCUAGAUCACCCCACUAGGAAAAUCAUCUAGACUAACAAAUUAUAGUCAAGGAGGAGAUGAAUAUAAAAUAGGUGGUUUAGAAAGAAGAUGAUGAAUAUCAUUUGCAGCUUCUGGACCAACUGCAGCAACUCUUGUGUUUCCAAAAAUUAUGACUAACCUGACUGCUGGAGAAACUGCCUGAACAGAGUGAACUUAAUGUGCAAAGCAAAUGGAUCUGUGCAAUGCUAGAGGUAGACCAUAGUAGGCAUUGUUUGUACCCUGUCCAGAUCCCCUUUACCAGGAAGUGAGUGUUGGCUGCUGAUAGUUCACAGCUGCAUUCUCUUGAGAAUUGCGCUCUAUGCCAAUAGGAGCCACUUCUGGAAACCCCUAGAAAGUUGUGCCACAACCUGUGGGUGGUGACAGCACCACAGCCAAUGGAAUGAUGUCAAUUCCUGCAAUGACGUCAUCUGGGAUUCUGAUAGGGAUUGCACUAUCAGUGAUGAUAUGCAACCAGUAAUUGUGUUAUCAGCAAAUGACACUAGGGUACAACAUUCCUUCCUGCUUUGAGGUAGGACAAAUAUGCCAUUUGUGUGCCAAGAGUUCCCAGUGGAAGCUAAACUUAUCAGCUGAACCCAUAUCUUUGCCUAACUUUUCCCUCAUCCUGCUUCCCUCACUCCAUUACAGCUUUUACUUGAGGGCACUCCCUCAAUAAACCACUUGCACAGAAUCCUUUUCUUGGACUCUGCUUCUAGGGAAUCCAGCCUAAGACAGGAGAAUGGUGGUGUCAAGUAAGAGAUUUGAGUUUGACAAAAGGUGGAGGAAAGAACCAAAGUGAGUUCCAUCUGGGAACGUUAACAUGCCGUUGGCUGGAACAGAAGGGAACAUCCUCAACCUGGUAAAAUGCAGCUGUGAAAAAUCUACAGCUAACAUCAUACUUAAAGAUCAGGAACAAUACAAGGACAUCAGCUCUCACCACUUCUAGUCAACAUUGUGUCAGAGGUCCUAGCCAGGGCAAUUAGGCAAGAAAAAGAAAAGACACUUAGAUGGAAAGAAAGAAAUAAAACUAUAUUUGUAGAUGGCAUGGUAUAGGAAAUCCUAAGGAAUCCACUAAAAAAACUACUAGAACUAAUAGGACUUAAGAUCAAUUUACAAAAAUCAGUUAUAUUCCUAUGCAUUUGAAUGAACAUUUCAAAAAUAAGACUAAGAAAACAAUCCCAUUCACAAAAGCAUCAAAAAGAAUACUUAGGAGGAAAAAUGAGUAUUUAGGAACAAAUUUAACAAAAGAAAUGCAAAACUGUACUGUUAAAACUACAAAAUAUUGUUGAAAGAAGGAAGAUCUAAAUAAAUGGAAAAACACCCCAUGUUCAUGGAGCACAAGACUUAAUAUUGUUAAAAUGGCAAUACAGAUCUUCCUUGAUUUAUGGUGGAAUUACAUCCUGAUAAACCCAUCAUAAGUUGAAAAUACCUUGUGAAUGCAUUUAGUACACCUAAUAUACCAAACAUCAUAGCUUAGCCUAGCCUACUUCCAACAUACUCAGAACACUUAUAUCAGCCUACAGUUGGGCAAAAUCAUCUAACACAAAGCCUAUUUUAUAAUAAAGUACUGAAUAUCUCAUAAUUUAUUGAAUAUUGUACUGAAAGUGAAAAAGAAUGGUUGUAAGUAUAUUGAUUGUUUACCCUUGUGAUCACGUGGCUGACUGGGUGCCUCAGAUCACUGCUGCUGCCCAGUAUCAUGCAAGAGUAUCAUACUGCAUGGCCCAGGAAAAGAUCAGAAUUCAAAAAUCAAAGUACAGUUUCUACUGAAUGCUUAUCACUUACACACCACCAUAAAGUCAAAAAAAAUCCUAAAAUCCAUUGUCAGUUGAGGACUCUCUGUACUCCUGAAUCUCCAGAUUCAAUGCACUCUCUUUCAGAAUCUCAUCUGACUUUGUGGAAAUUGACUAGCUAAUUCUAAAAUUCAUAUGGAAUCACAGUGGACUCAGAACAAGAAAAUAAUCCUGAAAAAGAAGAAUAAAGGAGGACUCGCAUUUCCAAUUUUAAAACUUAACUACAAAGCAAUGGUAAUCAAAACAAGGUGGUAUUGGCACAAGAAUAGACAUAGAUACCAGUGGAGUAGAAUUAAGAGUCCAGAAAUAAACUAAAAACUCUAUAGUCAACUGACUUUUUUAUGAGGGUGCCAAAAUCAUCCAAUGGGGAAAGAAUAGUCUUUUCAACCAUUGUCCUGGGACAACUAGAUAGCCAUGUGCAAAAGAAUGAGUUCAAUCCUUAACCUCAUGCCAUAUACAAAAAUUAACUUAAAAUAGACCAAAGACCUAAAAGUAAUAACUAAAACCAUAAAGCUCUUAGAAUAAUACAUGGGGUAAAACCUUAAUAACUUUUAAUGGCUAAGGAUUAUUAAAUAUGACACCAAAAGCAUGAGCAACAAAAGAAAAACAUAGAUAAACUGGAUCUCAUCAAAAUUAAAAGUUUGUGCUUCAAAGCACACUAUCAAAAAAGCUCAAAGACAACCCACAAAAUGGGAGAAAAUAUUUGCAAAUCAUAAAGGACUCGUAUCUAGAAUAAAUACUCUUAUAAUUCCAUAAUAAGACAAGUAACCCAAUUUAAAAAUGGGCAAAGGAUUUGAAUAGACAUUUCUCCAAAGAAGACAAAAAGUCCAAUAAGCGUAUGAAAAGAUGCUUGACAUUGUUAGUCAGCAGGGAAGUUCAAAUUAAAACCACAGUGAGAUAUCACUUCACACCCAUCAGGAUAUCUAGAAUCAAAAAGUUAGAUAUCACUUCAACUAAAAAAGAAAUAACUCUGGAAUUAAAAAAAAAAAAAAAGUUAUGGUGCAGCCACUGUGGAAAACAGUAUGGAGAUUCCUCAAAAGACUAGGAAUAGACUUACCAUAUGACCCAGGAAUCCCGCUCCUGGGCAUAUAUCCAGAAGGAACCCUACUUCAAAAUGACACCUGCACCCCAAUGUUCAUAUCAGCACUAUUUACAAUAGCCAAGACAUGGAAACAGCCUAAAUGUCCAUCAACAAUUGACUGGAUAAAGAAGAUGUGAUAUAUUUAUAGAAUGGAAUACUGUAUAGCCAUAAAAACUGACAACAUAACGCCAUUUGCAGCAACAUGGAUGUUACUGGAGAAUGUCACUCUAAGUGAAGUAAGUCAGAAAGAGAAAGAAAAAUACCAUAUGAGAUCGCUCAUAUGUGGAAUCUAAAAACAACAACAACAACAACAAAAAACAAAACAAAACAAAAAAUAAAUACAAAACAGAAACAGACUCACAGACAUAGAAUACAAACUUGUGGUUGCCAGGGAGACGGGGGGGUGGGAAGGGACAGACUGGGAUUUCAAAAUGUAGAAUAGAUAAACAAGAUUGUACUGGGAAAUAUAUACAAGAUCUUGUGGUGGCUCACAGCUAAAGAGAAUGUGACAAUGAAUGUAUGUAUGUAUGUAUGUUUAUGUAUAACUGAAAAAUUGUGCUCUACACUGGAAUUUGACACAACAUUGUAAAAUGACUAUAACUCAAUAAAAAAAAGUUUAAAAAAAAGUUAGAUAUCAAGCAUUGGCAAACAUGGGGAGAAACUGGAACCUUUAUACACUGCUGGUGUGAAUGAAAAUGGUACAACUGCUGUGAAAAGCAGUCUGUCAGUUCCUCAAAUGAUUAACAUAGGGUUAACCAUAUGACUCAGCAAUUUCAUUCCUAGGUACAUACCCAAGAGAAAUGAAAUGAAACAUAUGUCCACACAGAAACUUGUACAGAAAUGUUUAUAGCAGCAUUAUUCAUAACAGCCAAAAGGUAGAAGCAACCCUAACAUCAAUCAAUAGAUGAGUGGACAAGCACAGUUGUAUAUCCAUGGAAUAAUAUUUGGCUGUGAAAAAGAGAAUGAAAUACUGAUGCAUGCUACCACAUGGAUGAACCUUGAAAACAUGCUAAGUGAAAUAAGCCAGAGACAAAAGGCCAUGUACUGUAUGAUUCCAUUCAUAUUAAAGUCCAGAAUGGGGAAAUCUAUAGAGACAAAGUAGAUUAGUAGUUUCUUAGAGCUGGAGAGGGAUGGGAAGAUGGGAGUGGUGAUAGCUAAUGGGAACUGGGUUGCUUUUUGAGGUGAUGAAAAUGGUUGAAAAUUGACUGUGGUGAUGGUUGUACCAAGAGCCAUUCAGUUGUACACUUUAAAUGGGUAAAUUGUAUGGUAUAUGAAUUUCAUCUCAAUAAAGCUGUUUUUUAACAA